ACAUCUUUUACCAAUUUCCAGGGCACAGCCUUGUUUGCCGUGAGGCCGAAACGCAGCUGUCCACACUUGUCUCUUGUAAAACCAGCUCCACCUUCGGAAGGUGCCCUUGCGGUGGAUCAAAAGUGUGAAAAAUGUGACGCCCCGGAUGGGAAUUGGCUGUGUUUGACGUGUUACAUGGUGUUGUGCGGUAGGGAUAGAAACAAGCACAUGUUGGCGCACUAUUCGGCGCAUCAUAACCAUCCUUUGUGUCUGUCCUUUGACGAUCUGUCUGUGUGGUGUUACGGAUGUGCCAGCUACGUGGACUAUGAAUUGCCGGAAUUAACGGAAAUUCAUCGCCGGGUUUACAAGAGCAAGUUCAGGGAAAACCGACCCGGAGAUAAUGCAACAGCGCAAACCACGAUUGAUAAUACCUUGGAAUAAUCUCUGGGAGUUAUCCAUCAAUCAGUGCGAUCAAUAAAUUUGAAUGGGAUUUUAUAAACUAUUUGAAAGUGUUCUGGUCGUCGGUAAUUUUUCUCUUUUUUUUUUUUGCGUGUACGUUUUCCCCCU